AUGAACUUAAGAGUUGAUUCUGCAUACGAGAGAGCUGCCCGAGCUUUUGUCAAUGGUGUUACUGAUAAGUUAGGAGUUAAUGGGAAGAUUGUAUGUCCAUGCGCCCGAUGUCGUAAUCUGUAUCGCCAUACAAGUGAGGAGGUUGUCUCUCAUUUGGUUAUAAAUGGAAUGGAUGAUGCUUACAAGGUACGGACGGAUUGGUUUCACCAUGGAGAUGGUAGCUCUGUUGAUGUAGUGGAUGUUAAAGAUAGAUGCUGGAAUGCUGAGAUUCUUAGUUUAUAUGAAGCUGCAAACUUUGUAGAUGAGGAUUUAGCCAACCGGGGUUCACAGUUACGUGAGUCAGUUGAGGGUGAGGACAGGAAAGAAGAUGAGUUUUUAGCAAAACUUGCAGAGGCUGAAACCCCCUUGUAUCCGACGUGUUCUAGUCAUAGCAAGCUAUCAGCUGUAGUUUCUUUGUUUAGGAUUAAGUCUCAGAAUGGGUGGUCAGACAAGAGCUUUGAUGACUUGCUGCAAACAUUGCCAAAUAUGUUACCUGAAGACAAUGUGCUGCACACAUCAACUUAUGAUGUCAAGAAGUUUUUGAAAACUUUUGAUAUGGGAUAUCUAAAGAUUCAUGCUUGUAGGCCAGAAUCGGAAGAGGGUGAGAAUUCAGCACCAAGAAGUGUGACGAAUAAUUGGACACCACAGCCUAAGUGUAUCCUAUAUGAUUGGUGUGACAAGGAAUGCAAAGUAGCCGAGGGUCGUUUUCUGUCAUCGGAUGAAAUGGAGUUUGUUAACAAUGUGCCAUUGGGCCCUAAUUCAGUUAAGGUGGUAGUUGAGACGGCUAUUGAAGUAGAUGCAUUUCUUUGGAGACCGGCGCCAAAAAUUUACACUAUUGGUCAGGCUGUAGGAGAAACAGUUGCGUGGCCUCAAGAUUCUCUUCUUGUUCUUGACGAGGAGAUCGAUCCAGAUCACAUUCUUGGUAAAAGCCCUGAGACAGUAGAGAAGAACAACUGCAAACUUCUACAUUGGUUAACACAGGAUGAAGAAACAGUUGCUGAAGGUCGUUGGGAGAGUCGUGAUCCCAAAGCCUUGGUGGAUGGCCUUCCUCUUGGACCAAAUGCUGUGAAAGUAUAUGUAGAUGCGGUGACGUUACCUCAGACUUUUCUUUGGAGGCCAACAGAAAAACACUCAACCCUCGGUGAUUGUUUGAAGUCGUAUGUAGCAUGGCCUCUCAGCAGAGUUUCAUUCGACAGUUUAAACUCUGAGUCACCAGCUACAGAAUCUCCUAUUACGCAGUCACAAGUACACACUCCACCGGCUCCUGCUAAUAUUUUAAAACCAGUGGCACAAACUCCUUCAAGCUCUCGGAAGAUUGUGAAAGAAGGUCAGAAGUGCAAACUGCUCGACAUUACCGGUCAGAAAGUUGUUGUUGCAGAAGGACGCUGGUCUUCAAACAACCCAGAACAGUUAGUGCAUUUUGUUCCUUUGGGAAAAAAUGCAGUUCGUGUGUGGGUUGAUGUAGUCAAGGUGGAUGAUGCCAUGGUUUGGAGGCCUACAUCUGCAAUCGAGUGUAUGGAGGAUGCUAUUGGUACCACUAUAGCAUGGCCUGAAGACAAGGUUGUCAUCGUGUGAGGAUGAAUAAGAACGUAUGGUCUUCUAUUUUCAUUGCUUUAGAACUUAUGAACUUAUGGUACUUAGUGCAAAUGACACUUGUGUUCUUACUUUUGAACUUAAUUAUGAUAUGGUAUUUCUAUUAUGAAAUUUCAGACUUUGUUUACUU